GUAUCAGAAGAUGAUAAACACUAUUAAAUGAUUGAUGAUGGGGAAAAGGCCUUGCUGUCUUCUAUGUCUAGACACUCAGCCCCCAUUUCCACUUCCGUUUCUGUGUAUAGGUUCAGCGGUAUAUAUAUCCAUCAACGAAAGCAGGUGUAAAUAAGCUUCCACCAGCACUGAGUUGUCCACAAUAUACUCCAAUGGAUUCACAUUCACAGGGCUUCCUUUGGAGCCCUCCAAGUCUCCACCCCGUUUACUACCAAACCAAGGAGGAUGAUGGGAUUAUUGAUCUGGGUCUUAGUCUGAGAACUCUGCAGCCCCAAGUGUACCACCCAACUGGGCAUAUGGGAAGCCUGGAGGGAUAUGGAGCAUACGGUGAGCCGGUGGACUGGCCCCAGCUGGAAGCACAGUCUAGAAAUUCAAAUUCAGGAUGUCCAAAAGUCAUCCCAGAAGAUUGUGAAGAGGAGACAGAGGGAGUCCAAAGCAAAGAGAGGUGGGCAUAUGUGAAGGUUAACAUGGAUGGGGUUGUAAUUGGGAGGAAAAUCUGCGUCCUUGAUCUCGCUGGUUAUUCAAGCUUGGCACUUCAGCUUGAAGACAUGUUUGGUAGAGAUUCCUUAUCCGGGUUAAGGCUGUUCCAGAGAGAGUCUGAAUUUGCCCUGUUUUACAAGGACAGAGAGGAGAAUUGGAGGACUGUCGGUGAUGUUCCAUGGAAAGAAUUUGUAGAUAGCAUCAAGCGUCUGAGAAUUGUGCGAAAGAAUGAAGCUCAUUUUCCCUCUUCCUUGGAGUGUACUUAAUUUUCUCUCUCUUUUUAUCUUCCUGGAAAAAUCUCUGGCAUUGCCGGAAUUUGAAAUGAAAAUGGCAGCCCAGUCCCAGAAAAUUCAUUUGAAA